AUGCUUGCUGGGAAGACCAACGGUACACUGAAGAAGUGGUUGACGAAAAGUUGGGUGGAUGUGCAAUUGGUCAUUCUAGUCGACAUCAACGAGGAUGAAAAACUCCGCAAGACCUAUCAACAAACACCAGGAAGUCUAAGUCGUGUUGCCAAACUUCUCAAAGACUACGGAAAUGCCAAGGGCAAAGCCGCUCAUCAGCAAGGGGAAAGUGAGACCGGAGAGUCCGAAACAGAAGAGGAAAUUGAGUCGGACAAGUCAAUCAAGCAACAUAUUGUGGUAGAAGAUUGGGUCGGACCAAUCACUGUUAACCUGGAGUUCUGGGAGCCAGGGCCUUCAGGACCUCAGAAACGUGGCAGCAGUUUAUACUACGAUACAAUUCCGGAGUUUGAUUCAUCCCGAAAGGCCUACUUAGAGAUGGAUUCGUUCCGAAAAUACCUAUCAGUGGGGAUCAAGAAACUUGCCUUUUUUUUCGUGCAAUGA